UAACGAUAUUCAUACCUGCAAAGUUAGAGAGGAUUUGAAUGUCAUCCAAAGAAAUGUCGAAUUAGAGAUUGGAAGUCAUCAGAUUUACGUCAAUAUCCCAGGACUCUCAAUUAUGAACAAAAUCAUCUUCUAUCUUCCCAAAGGGAUCGUUAAAUUCUUUCCUAACCUCGAAAUGUUGGAAGUUAUCCAGUCUGAAUUGAAGGAAAUUUCAUCAACUGAUCUUGAACCUUUCCGGAUUUUAAAGUAUCUGGACCUGUCCGGCAACAACAUUGCAACUUUAGAAGGCAAACUUUUUCAAUUCAACUCAAAAUUGGAAGUCUUAAUACUCAAUGACAAUGAAAUCAGCACAGUCGAUCAAUUGACAUUUUACGGCUUAUACAACCUGAAAUUCUUAGGAUUUCAAAGGAACCGAUGCUUUUCCGACAUGACAAAAGAUGCUAGCGCAGUGCAAAACAUGAUUGAUGCCAUCAAAUUUUCUUGUUCUGAAGACAAUAACCGGCAUUCAAUGAACCUUGAAAAUAUAAAAAAGGAAGUGACCAAAAGUAAUUCUGAAAUGUCAAUUCUUAAGAAAAAACUUGUUGCUGUAGUUGAGGAAAAUAGGAACAUUAGAACUACCUUUGAUGCCCACAAUAAAGCAGUUGAGAACCUUAGGACGCAACUAUUUGAGACGCAAAAAAGUAUUGAAGACAAGCUGGAAAAACAAGUUCAAAGCAUGGAUAAUAAAAUUAGUCCAAAGUCAUCAAAAAAUUCAGAUCCAGCAGGAAUAAGAAGCACAUGCGAAGCUGUAGAUACAAAGGUCAACUCAGCCAAUGCUCAAUGUCAAACAUUAUCGACAGACCUUCACAUUUUAGGACUGAAUGUCUCGGGUGAACUCCAGCAGUUACGGGACAUCAUCAAUAACAGUCUUAUAGACCAGGAGAAGAAUGCUGAACAUGCUUCAACACUUCAUUCGCCAUUUGAUGACAAUUUAUCAUUAAUUUUUAAAAAUACUUCAGAUUUUGGCGAAUGGCUUAAUAACACAGGCAACAUAUUAAGCGUUGUUGAUGGUAUUAUGAAGGAUAUCAGCACUAUUAAAGAUCAGCAGAUGAACUUGACCGAGAGCAUUUCUAUUUUAUUCAAUCUUACUCAAGGAUUUGUUCUAAAUAUCAAUCAAACGUAUGGAAGUUCCUCAAUUCCAGACAACAUACUUAACCAAACCCCAGCAAAGUUCCUGACUUACCUCUUAAUCUCCAACCUAACCCUCAUCAUCUUAUUCUGUGCCAUAGCCAUUUAUUUAUGCUGCAAAAGACAGUCACAAAAAGACACAAAGCCAAUGCGAAUUGAUGCACCAACUUAUAGACACUUGGCAGAGUCAAUAAACCAAACGCCACUUCCAACACCAUUGAACUUAAAUCAUGACUCAAUUUAUGGACGGUAUGAGUAUAUUGAUGGAAAUGUCCAAGCAAGAUCGUCAUUUGAGGAUUUUUAUAAUGAAGCAGAUCAAGAAGCAAGGAAUUCAGUUGGAAAUGAUGCGUCUGAAAGUUAUGCUGUGGUAUAUAGACAGGAGCGGUAUUAAAAUUGGGGGGCGCUUGUGUGUUUUGUAACCUCUUAGGAAGGUGCAAAGUUUUCUUAUGCUUUAUAUUAUUUUUUUAUAUAAGAAGGAAAAGGGGGUUAAAAGAGAUAGUUUAUUGCAGUGUUUCUCAAUCAAUGCACCGCGGAGCUUUACUGUUCCGCAAAACAAUAUUGAUGUGUCUAUGGUGGUUGCCAGCGUGGCACGAAAACAUUAACGGAUGAUUUACUGCUCCGCG